AUGGAACAGAAAAGUUCGUACGACAAACUUAAAGAGGACAAACCGCCGAAAUCGCCGAAAUCACCGAGCUCUCCGGUGAGGCCGUUCCGGCUGAGGUUCCGCAGGAUGCUGAGCGCCGGAAGCCUCAAGUCCGGCUCGAGUUCGACUCCGGGAACGCCGAGUCCGGGCUCGAAGACGCCGGACGGGAAGUUCUACAGUUUCGACGAGGACUGCGUGGAGGCCUUCUACAACGGCAAAAGCUCCAGGUCGAAAUACGGAGUGAAAAAAGCCGGCAAAAAGAAGAAAGUCAAAGUGCAUAAAGAUAAUAAAAAGAAGGGCAGGGGUGGUAAAAAACGGAUUAAUGGAGACGUCGGCGAUGGGCAUUUAAACGAAUUGAUACCGUUGAUUAAAAUCACCGACGUAGAUUGGUUGACUAGCUUGAAUACCCUCCACCAGGCGAUAAGCGGCGGCACACGUUCCGUUUCCGGGUCACUUCUGCUGGUCGAUUGCUCCAGGGCGAUAUUGGACUCGGACUUCGAGUCCUUUUGCCCGUUGUUGCCGUUAUUUAAUGCCGGAGACGUCAUUUUUCCUGCAAAAUAA